UGAAUAAAAGUCAAUUUAUUUGUUUCAUGUUUCUUUCAGAUGUAAAGAGUGAAUUGUGUUUGGAUGGAGAAAUAACGUCCUCAACUCUUUCCUGCGUCAGCGGUGGAGAGACAUUGAGAUAUUUAGAGAGCCAUGAGAGAAAACACACAGAACAUGAACAUCAUCUGAAGAAACGCACUAAUGAGAGACCGUAUCAGUGCAAAUCACACAAAACACAACACACUGAACAAAAACCCUUUCAAUGUUCACACUGUGAUAAACGUUUCAGUCAUAAAUCUCAUCUGAUAACCCACGAGAGAGUUCACACUGGAGAGAAACCUUAUCACUGUAAUGUUUGUGGGAAGAGUUUUAAUCGACAUGAGAGUUUAGUGAGACACCAGAGAACUCAUACAGGUGAAAAACCUUACAAAUGCUCUCAGUGUGAGAAGACGUUUGCUCAUUCAGCUUCCUUAAAAGCCCACGAGAGAGUUCACACUGGAGAGAAACCUUACGUCUGCUCGAUCUGUGGAAAGAGCUUCAUUGAUUUAAAUUCUAUUAGAGUCCAUGAGAGAGUUCACACUGGUGAGAAACCUUAUCACUGUAAUGUUUGUGGGAAGAGUUUCAGUCGACAUGACAGUUUAGUGUCACACCAGAGAAUUCAUACAGGUGAAAAACCUUACAAAUGCUCUCAGUGUAAGAAGACAUUUGCUCAUUCAGCUUCCUUAAAAGCCCAUGAGAGAAUUCACACUGGAGAGAAACCUUACAAAUGUAAUGUCUGUGGAAAGAGUUUUAACCAACGUGUCGGUUUAGUGUUACACCAGAGAACUCAUACAGGUGAAAAACCUUACAAAUGUUCUCAUUGUGAGAAGACUUUUACUCAGGCGGUUCACUUAAAAGUCCAUGAGAGAGUUCACACUGGAGAGAAACCGUACGUCUGCCCGAUCUGUGGAGAGAGAUUUGCUCAUUCUGAAAGUUUUCAGAAUCAUCAGAAAAAACAUACUGAAACUGUUGGGUUCCGGUUCAGAGCUCUAUAUAAGUCUAUUGGACUACCCUGCGCAUUAAAAGACGACGUCAAAGGCCGAAAACCUCCCCAUAGGAAACAGACGCUGAAGGGGUACCCCGCUCGUCAUACAAUGACACCGAGGGGUCUUGACCAAGCGUCAAUAUGUGAGUUGGGAGUGAGGAUGUCGUCUCGUCUGAAAGCAAACAGGGGUCCAGUGAACAAUGGCCGGGUCAGGUGUUGCCUUAAGGUUGCAUGAGUUUAAAGAAACACAAGACACCAAAACACAUCAACAAACACACAUGCAAGUGCAACAGCUCAGACUUUAUCUUUAAACUCAUAGAUAACGCAAAAUGACAACACUGUACCUUAUAGAGUUCAUAAUAGUAUAGCUACCUCAGAGGUACAUAUUCUACCAAGGAGUACAUUUUAGUACAUCAAAGGUAGAUAUUGGGACCAAAUAUAAAGGAUCCUUUUAAUGAGGCCAGCUCAGUGUUUAUGUUUAUUUAUUUAUAAAUCACUACUAGAACAACCGAGCAUUGACUGCUGUACAAUAAUAAAAUGCUUCAUAAAAAGAAAACAGCAAAUUAUAUCAAAAGAAUAAAAUGAUUUACAUCAAAACAUUUACAUGCAGACAUUUAAAAUGAUACAAGCAAAAGAGGUGAGAGCUGUGCAGUAAAAGUAAUCUUCAAAAGUAGUCGACAGGCGCCGGUGGUCGUGGCCUUCCUUGUUAAACUCUCAUACCAGACCAGAGGGGUUCGAAUCUCGAUUUUCUAUACACAUUUUAUUUUAACAGUUAAAAGAAAUAGCUUGAUAUAUCAGCAAUAUAUAUAUUUUGUAUUAAAAAUUGUCAAAUUUUAUACUUAAAUUCACUUAAUUAGACAUAUCACCAUUUGGAAUAAAGCAAUAGUAUUUUAAUGUCUAAUGGUUUAUGACUUAAGGGCUUAUUUAUGACAUAUCUCUGGUUGUGUUAUCAUUGUAGAGUCAUGUGUGAUGAUACAUGCCACAAAAUCACUUUACCUGCUCGUGUAUCUAAACAAACA